AAACGUGCGCUUCAAAAGUUCUCUCCCAAAACUGGGAGUCGUCCCUCGCAGCGGACGCGUGCAAAGAACGUCAAACAAAAGUUUUUUAUUACAUGGCUGAUAGUGAAAUUUAAACAGCAAAAUGCGAGCAAUAAUUAAAUAAAAUUAGGCAAAUAUUCAAACCAAUAUUUGUAUACAUAAGAAGGGCAAACAGUUUAUGCAGUGGCAAUGGCGGUGGGCCUGGCGUGUCAUUAGUUGUAUCGAGUGCGAGAGGAAAAAAUAAUAAACUUGAUUACAAUGUUAAAUGUGGAAACUUUGGGCACGCAAAGCGUCAAAGCGUAGACGCUGACGGCAACGCCGGCGCCGACGUCGAAGCUAGCAUUGUGUAUAAUAAAAUUGGCAAAAAUCCCCCCGUGCCAUACACAACACAACCCUCUUCUAGGAGAGUGGGGCCGGCCCGGCAGCAGCAGCAGCAGCGGCAGCAGCAGGCAGCAGCAGGCAGCAGCAGAAUCAGCCGAAACAACCAAAGAUGUGCGCGCACAAUACAAAAAAUUACAAAGCAUACUUUUGGGAGCGGCAAAUGGCCAAAAUCAACAGCGAUGCUGAGCGUGCGAAAUAAGCAAUAAGAAGGACAGAGAGAGACAGAGACAGAGACAGAGAGAAACACCAACAACAAGACGCUUUCAUCCACAGAAAGAGAGAGGACAGCGGCAGCAGCGCAUGGCCAGUGGAAAAAUGGCCAACGCCUUGCGUGGGUGCAGCCAAAAGGAUAAGCAGAGGAUGAAAGCCAACUGAAACAGAGGACAAGGACACACACCGAACGAGAGCCACACAGAGAGUGUCAGAGCGCCAGAGUGUGAGAGAGAGAGAAGCGAUAAGGAAGUGUAAUCUAGAAAAGCUUUUGCUGGAAAUAUCACGCCAUUCGCCAUUCGCCAUGGAGCCGGUGAUGAGCCUGGCCCUGGCCGCCCAUGGCCCGCCCAGCAUACUCGAGCCGCUGUUUAAAACCGUAACUACGAGCACAACGACCACAUCGACGACGACAACAACAACCACAACGACGACGAGCAGUCCGGCGCACCUGUCGUCGACAGGGACCACCCUACUGACGGCCCUGCUCGAGAACCUGACCACAACGGCGGCCAGCGGUCUGUACGAUCCGUACCCUUACGGCAACCAGACAAACGGAACGUCGCUUUUCGAUUCCAAAGGGCCGCGCUACUCGCUCGCCUCGAUGGUGGUAAUGGGCUUCGUAGCGGCGAUUCUGAGCACGGUGACGGUGGCGGGCAAUGUCAUGGUGAUGAUAUCGUUCAAGAUCGACAAGCAGCUGCAGACGAUCAGCAACUACUUCCUCUUCUCGCUGGCAAUCGCAGACUUUGCCAUCGGCGCCAUCUCGAUGCCGCUGUUUGCGGUGACCACCAUCCUGGGCUACUGGCCGCUCGGGCCCAUAGUCUGCGACACCUGGCUGGCCCUCGACUACCUGGCCUCGAACGCCUCGGUGCUGAAUCUGCUGAUCAUCAGCUUCGAUCGCUACUUCAGCGUUACGCGUCCGCUCACAUACCGCGCCAAGCGCACCACCAAUCGGGCGGCGGUGAUGAUCGGCGCCGCCUGGGGCGUCAGCCUGCUGCUGUGGCCGCCCUGGAUCUACAGCUGGCCCUACAUCGAGGGCAAGCGCACGGUGCCCAAGUACGAGUGCUACAUCCAGUUCAUCGAGACGAACCAGUACAUCACCUUCGGCACGGCCCUGGCCGCCUUCUACUUUCCCGUGACGAUCAUGUGCUUCCUCUACUGGCGCAUUUGGCGCGAAACGAAGAAGCGACAGAAGGACCUGCCCAAUCUGCAGGCGGGCAAGAAGGACUCCAGCAAGCGCUCGAACAGCAGUGACGAGAACACGGUGGUCAAUCAUGCGGGCGGCGGACUGCUGGCCUUUGCGCAGCUGGGCGGCAACGAUCACGACACCUGGCGACGGCCGCGCUCCGAGAGCUCUGCGGAUGCGGAGAGUGUCUACAUGACCAAUAUGGUCCUCGAUUCCGGCUACCACGGCAUGCACUCGCGCAAAUCAAGCAUCAAAAGCACCAACACAAUCAAAAAGCCGUACAGCAUGUUUGGCAGCGUCAAGGAGUGGUGCAUUGCGUGGUGGCAUUCCGGGCGCGACGACUCCGACGACUUUGCCUACGAGCAGGAGGAGCCUUCUGAUUUAGGGUAUGCAACACCAGUAACAAUUGAAACUCCUUUACAAAGCUCCGUCUCCAGAUGCACCUCGAUGAACGUGAUGCGGGACAACUACUCGGUGGGGGGCAGUGUGAGUGGAGUGCGGCCCCCCAGCAUCCUGCUGUCGGAUGUCUCGCCCACGCCCCUGGCCCGGCCCCCGAUGCCACUCAGCUCUAUUUCGCAGAUGCAGGAGCUGAAUGCCACCGGAAACAACAGUCACAACAGCAGCAAUAGCGGUGCAGCGGUGAAUGCGGCAGGAGCCAGUACAGGGAACGGCACCGCCAUCGGCCUGGGCCUAGGACUCGGCCUGGGCAUGGGAAUGGCCACGGCGAAUGGAACGGCCAGCUGCAGCAACACCAACGGCAACGGCAGUGGAAAUGCGAAUGCGAAUGCCAGUGCAAAUGCAAAUGCGAAUGGGAAUGGGAACAGCGCGAAUCCAGGGGUUCGUGACUUCCGCACGCUGCCCGUGAUCAAUCGCAUUAACUCUCGCUCCGUCAGCCAGGACUCGGUCUACACGAUACUCAUUCGCCUGCCUUCGGACGGUGCCUCAUCCAAUGCGGCGCAGAGCAGAGCAGGCGGCGGAGGAGGAGGAGCAGGCUCUGUAGAAGCCGCUACGGCGGGGGCAAGUGCAGUGACAGUCGGCAGUGUAGGAGGCCAAGGCGAGUGUGCGCCCUCCAUCAAGAUGAUACAAGAGGAUGCGACGCCCUCGACCCUGGCCAGCAGUACAGUCACCGCCGUACCCCCACUGGCCACGCGGAGGCCGUUGCCGUCGCGAGACUCCGAGUUCAGCCUGCCGCUGGGACGGCGCAUGUCACACGCCCAACACGACGCCCGCCUGCUCAAUGCCAAGGUCAUCCCCAAGCAGCUGGGCAAGGCAGGGGCAGCCGGCGCAGCGGGCGGUGCUGCGGGGCAGCAUGCCCUCAUGAAUGCCCGCAAUGCGGCGGCCAAGAAGAAAAAGAAGUCGCAGGAGAAGCGCCAGGAGACGAAGGCGGCCAAAACGCUGUCGGCCAUUCUGCUGAGCUUCAUCAUCACCUGGACGCCGUACAAUAUUCUGGUGCUGAUCAAGCCGCUGACCACCUGCUCGGACUGCAUUCCCGCCGAGCUGUGGGACUUUUUCUACGCGUUGUGCUACAUCAACUCGACCAUCAACCCCAUGUGCUAUGCCCUCUGCAACGCCUCCUUCCGGCGCACCUACAUCCGCAUCCUCACCUGCAAGUGGCACACCCGCAAUCGCGAGGGCAUGGUGCGCGGCGUCUACAACUAGAUCUCACACCCUGCCACACCAACACCUAUCACAACACACAAACAUACAAACAUACAUACAGUAUAAAUACAUAUAUCUAGGCUAAGACACAGUUCGGAAAACUACUUGUAGCUCCAAUAAAUGUUGUGUGCUAAAGAAGGAAGGAAGGAAGGAGCAAAAUGUUCGGCAAGGAAACCAAAAAUAGGCUUAGUUAUUACCCAUUGACAAGCAGUACUGAUUUUUGUAUGUCUAGCCCCGGAUUAUAUACACGAAUAUAUAUAUACAUAUAUAUAUGUAUACACCACAGCUGCGGGAGGGUUGCUAUGUAUUGUAUGUUUGGCCACAGGCUCUCAAAGUUUUCCCCAGCUAAUCAAACCUGUUCCUGCUGCUCCGGCAAUGUUCUCACCAAAGAUAUACCCUUGCUUCCUCAGGCUCAGGCUCAGGCUUAUGCCAUUCAUCUAUCUCUCCAUGCCAUUUACCAGUUACGCAAAUCAGACUAGAGCAACCCUCUCGACAUCUAGCCAAUGUCGAGCAAUCAUUUGAGCGAUCACACCAGAGACGGACCGGGGCUCGGAUUCCAUUUUGUUAGGCGUUUAUGUACGGGUACUGUUAGGUAGGCACAUGCUCCAGGCAAAGAAUUUAAUACAAAUAUAAUGGAUUACGAUUUGGAAUACAUACAAUAUAUACACAUGCAUAA